GCCAAUAGAAAGAAGCCACGACUCGAGAGUUUCUCUCGUCCCUCCCCCUCCCCAUCCCAUGCAACUCUCACUUUCUUUUACGUAAUAAACACUUUCGUAGCCAUUGUCUUGUUCCGUGAGGAGGAAGGCAAAAGACGUGACAAUUAGAAGCGGCGAGCGGCGUCGCCUUUUCACUGUCUUGUGUUCGCUUAGGAAACACCUCUGGUCACCUCUACCAACUAUGGGAAAAAUGGGAAAAGUAUUCGCAUUAAAAAAUUUGUGCAGUCUUCAGUUAUAUUGUGCCAUUUUAUUUUUUAUUGAAUGCAAUGUCAGUGAACGUUCCUUGCACAUAACUUGAGCGAAAUUUUAGAGGUCGAGUCUGGCUCAGUACGGAUUUGAUACCCGGGAUUUAAUACAACCCAGUACCACUGCAUCAACCAGUAAAUUAAAUUCGCAUCGUCGAAUUGUUACUAAUCUUUAAAGGGAUCCAUCCGGUUGUCGGACAUGAUGCCCGCCCGACUACUUCAGCCGUCUCAACAUUAAGCAUUCUUUAGACUUUCUUGGACUUUCUUAUAAGUACGGUUUAGAUGAGGGUUCCUGAAUUUCCCCGUAUUUGGUUUUCCUUUACGUUCUCGGGAUUUUCAUGAGAGCCAGAGAUUUUUCUUGCGCGGUUUCUGCGCCCGGUGUCGGUUCGGCCGCUGAAGCGAAGCGAAAAGCGACGUGACGUGUUUCCGUCCGCCGCGCGCGAGAAAAAACCUCUGGUACCCAGGGUAUCGACGCUGCUUCGGGUCGCGCGGGCUCAUUUCCGGAAAAUCGAGACUGAGAUGACAGCCAAUCAGGAUUGAUGGUACAAAUUACGAAUGUGUGACCGGGAAAUCAAGCGGAAGCCAUUUUGUUUGUGCUGUGAAUCGUUGCUGUGAAUCGUUGCUGUGAAGUGUCGGUAGGAGCUAGGAUCUUUUCGUUGAUAAUUUAACAUCUAUGGUGACGAAAUGUCUCAAAAAGAUGUACACUACAAUAGAUUUUGGAGUCACAGCUCCACUGGUCAAGUCCAGGAGUUCACUUUCAGUUGAAGACACAUGCAGUGAGAAUUCCAUUGAUGAAAAUGUCCAGACAGAGAUACUGAACAUUGAUCCAGAAGAAGUCAGUAAACAUAAAUUAACAGGCACACCAGACAGUAAGAAAAACAUGACGAGCAAGUCAUUAUCUAAGGAAAAACUCAACCAAAUUAGUACACCUUCACAACUGACACAGAGACCAUCUACUGAAAGGAGCUUUGCUGGUGAGGACAAGGGAAAGGUCCUAGAAAAUGCAGAAGAAAAACUAAUCAGUGUCAAGGGUGCUGUUAGUUUUGAUGGUUCAGAGGGAACCAAAAAACAGCUUUCAGAAACUGACAUAAGUGAAAAACCAGUUGAGAAACAGCUUGACACAAUCUCAAAGCCAUCGAGUCCUCUUUUAUUGAAGUGGAGUAAUAAACCAGUGACACAAGCUAAAGGGAAAAAGAAAAAAGUGAAAAAGAAGGAAGACAAGCAGUCACGACAGACUGAGGUACCUGAGUAUUUUGCAGUGCGGAGAAGUAGCCGGAAAAGCAAAUCAGUUAUACAGAGUGAGAAACAGAAAGCUCUUGAAGAGGCUGUGUUGUCAGGCAAGGAGCAAGAUCUAGAGGUUCAAGAAGUGGAAGGUAAAGGAAGAGGCGUAUUUGCUAAACAGGAGUUUUCCAGAGGACAGUUUGUGUGUGAAUAUGCUGGUGAACUGAUAAGUUAUGAAGUUGCAAAGGAGCGGGAGAAGUUUUAUGAAGGGAAGACGGAAUUUGGAUGUUACAUGUAUUAUUUUACUUUCAAGAACAAAAAGUUGUGUGUUGACGCCACAAAAGAAAGUGACAGGCUCGGCCGGCUACUGAAUCACAGCAGAACUGAUGCAAACUGUGCAACGAGACUGGUGUCAAUAAAGGACAAACCUUACUUGAUACUAGAAACAAUUAGAGACGUGAAAACAGGAGAAGAACUUCUAUAUGACUAUGGAGAACGAAGCAAGGAUGUCCUUCAAUAUCAUCAGUGGUUAAAAAGCUAGACGACAUUUCUAUGAUUGGUCAGGCAGCUGAAGAAAUGAAAGUGUUAUCACCAGUCUAAUCAACGCAUGAACAACGAACAGAAUGGAAACAUCAAUUCAUCAUUCAUUAUUUUAAUGAGAAACCGCAUUUUCUUUCUCCAGAUGUUUUUCAGCAAAGGGUAGUUAAUUGUCGUAGACUAUCUUUACCUCUUUGCAAGAUAUUCUUCAUUUAUCUGAAUUUUGCGGUGUAUUGGGUUUUAUUUAAGUUACUUAACGAUGAUUGCAACUUUUUUGUUGUUUAGUACAUGUAGGUAUUUUCUGAGCCUCCGAAAACUCAAUCAUCGUGCAAAAAUUAAUGAACAUCCUGGAUACAUGUGCAAUAGGCCAUUUCCGAGUUACCUCUUCGUGCAAAUCCUUUCGUAUGGAAAUAAGUUUGAUUUGCAUAAAAAGUGAACAAUAUAGAUAUUUUAUUUUUUGGA